AAAGGGCCCCGCAGGCCAGAGCCGUCCCAAACACAAACUCGAGACUUGGGGACAACUGACACUUCUUGCUCAUUUUCUUUGGACAGCGCCAUGGGGCUCAGUGAUGGAGAGUGGCAACUGGUACUGACCGUCUGGGGGAAGGUGGAGGCAGAUAUCCCUGGCCACGGACAGGAGGUGCUGAUCAGACUCUUUAAGGGCCAUCCUGAGACUCUGGAGAAGUUCGACAAAUUUAAGCACCUCAAGUCUGAGGAUGAGAUGAAAGCAUCUGAAGACCUUAAGAAACACGGCUCAACAGUGCUCACCGCCCUGGGGAACAUCCUGAAGAAGAAGGGCCAGCACGAAGCAGAGCUGAAGCCUCUGGCCCAGUCCCACGCCACCAAGCACAAAAUCUCCAUCCAGUUCCUGGAGUUCAUCUCAGAGGCCAUUGUCCAGGUGAUCCAGAGCAAGCACCCUGCAGACUUCGGCGGGGAUGCCCAAGCUACCAUGCGGAAGGCCCUGGAACUUUUCCGCAACGACAUGGCGGCCAAAUACAAGGAGCUUGGGUUCCAGGGCUAGCGCAGGCUGAGCGUCGGCGGGCAGACUCCUCCACUGGCCGACCCUCUCUCCCGCCCACCCCCCAGGUCCAGUAGCUAGCUCCUCUUAACGUAGCGCCUUAGUUUUGGGUUUGGGGAUACCCUACGUGACUGAGACAUGACAGUGAAGGCCAGAGGGAGGCCAUCGGGGACGCUCCGUCCGUUACUCACUGGCCAGAGUAAUGCCGCCAAGGCCCUUCGUUUCUCCCUGGCCUCCGGAAGCGCUCGGAAGUGAGUAACUGGCCCCCUUUCCAGGAGGCGCUUUUGUGGAUAUAACUCUUGGCUCCCUUUCUGGGAGGCCCCGGUAGUUUUCUCCUUACUGGGCAGAGAGAACGGAGGGCUGGAGAGAGAACGGGGGAAGGAGUGCAGUCAUGUGGUUCAGCCUUCCUCCUUCCCACCAUCUGGGCUCCUAAUGGCUUCCAUCCUGCCUCUGAUUAGCCCUUCAACUGUAGAGUCUUUCCUUUCCUCCUUUUCUUUCUCUCCCCCAAGGCUGUCACAGCCAGUGCCCCCAGCAUUCCUUGGGGAAUGGCGGCUCUGACAGAUGGUUCCUGAAAGAGCUAGAGACACUUGAGACACUGGGGGUGGGAUGGGAGGAGGGGAGAGAGAGAGAGAGAGAGAGAGGAGAGAGA